ACUAAUCAGUAGUUACCCCUCUCUCUCUUGCUUCAUUUCACACAUUUAUUACACGGCUAAGCUAAUGUACUAUAUGGUCAACAAAUUAAUGUCACCCCACACACACACCCUUUACGGCUAAGCUAACCAUAUCUUAAAUUUUCCCUUCAUCUCUAUAAAUACAUAUAUCGAAUUAAAUCUCCACCACUUCAAACUUUGAUCAUAUAUUCUAAUAAUACUACAUAACAUCUAAGACUAAGAGAGUACACUAAGUAUUUUCAAACUAAUUAAUUCUUCAGUGUAAUCAAGAAAAUGGGAAACUGUUGCAGGGCAGCACCUUCAAUGGAGUUUGGUGGAGAAGACUGGGGAUCUUUGAAGUCGUCUAAGCCAAAGGCAUGUCGUUCAUCAUCAAGUAAGGUGUUUGAUGAAGCUCAUCUUGAUCAUCCUCAGAAAGAGAAUGAUCUAUUAGAAAGGCUUAGAGCUUCUGGAGAUGCAAGUGGGAAGGUAACAUUAAAGAUUUCAAAGUCAGAGCUGGCUGAAUUAUUGGGAGCUAUUCAAAAUAGUAGUAAUAAUCAAGAACCACAGAAGCAGAUGAAGAAGAAGACGACGAAUGAAUUAGGUUCUGCAGAACAAGUUCUUUAUCGGUUAAUAAAAGCCAGAGACCAUGAAAUUGCAAACAAGCAUGAUCACUGGAAACCGGUGUUAGAGACUAUUCCUGAAUGUUGUUAAUUACUGAGUCAGAGGUUAAGUAGUUCUUUAGUUGAUGAGAACAUACUACACAGUACUGAAAUGGUGCUAGCUAGCUGAGGGGUCGAUUGAGCAUUUGUUAUUUUCUCAUAUAUAAUAUAUGGAGAGGUUGGUUGGUUAGGUGAUCGUGUAAUGUGUAUGAUAUUUUUCGUUUGUAAAAUCCAUUGAUUCGGUACGUAGUUUUAGUUAAGACCCAAACCAGAUUAGAUUGAUGAUCGAAAAAAAAAAGGACCAAAACAAAGGUGUUUCGUGUAGUACUCUACAUCUAUUCGUGAAUCACGACCAAAAAUAUUUAUAUAUAUUUAUAUCAUAUAAAUCAUAUCUUGAGUA